ACUUCAUCUGCACCCAAUACCAGCUUUAAAACCCUACCUUUCUUUCUCCUGACUGAAGUUAAACCCAAAAUCAGCGAAUCCAGGUAAAAUUGACGACGAUGGAGGAAAAGGUGAUUGAGAAUGGGAACAAUUUUCAUGGCGAUAAGAUUCAUAAGAAGAAGAUGCCUAAGCUCGAAGAAGAGGAGGAGGUCAGAAAUCAAAAGAAGAGGAAGAGGAAGGAGAGGAAGGAGAAGGAGAGAAAGAGGAAGGAGAUACCCACCGUGAGCAUCGCCGUUGCUGGAUCGAUCAUUGACAAUGCUCAAUCCCCCGAGCUUGCUACUCGCCUUGCAGGUCAGAUUGCUCGUGCUGCCACCAUCUUUCGAAUUGAUGAGGUGGUAGUGUUCGAUAGUGAAGCCCAAUCAGAUGAUUCUGUUAUGACUACAGCCGAUGAUGGUAAUGGAAGGGAAAGUGGUGCACGUUUCCUUGUGAGAAUUUUGCAGUAUUUGGAGACGCCUCAAUAUCUAAGACGCCGUCUCUUUCCAAUGCACAAUAACUUGAAAUUUGUGGGUUUGCUUCCCCCUCUUGAUGCUCCUCACCAUGUGCGCAAGCAUGAGUGGUCUCCAUAUCGUGAAGGUGUAACAUUGAAUCCUACAAAUACGAAGGGAACACUUGUUGAUGUUGGCUUAAGUAAGAAUGUCUUGGUAGAGCAAGUCCUUGAAGCUGGACAACGUGUAACUGUGGCCAUGGGGACUGAUCGAAACAUUGGAACUGAAUGCUUGAAACAGGUUGUUCCAUCCACGAGCCCAAGAGAAGAAAUGGGAUUAUAUUGGGGUUAUAGAGUUAGAUAUGCUUCCAAUCUAAGCUGUGUAUUUAAGGGAAGUCCUUAUAAGGAUGGGUAUGAUCAUAUUAUUGGAACAUCAGAGCAUGGCCUCAAGGUUAAUUCAUCAGAACUUAUUGUUCCUACUUUUAGGCAUCUUUUGAUUGCAUUUGGAGGACUUGCUGGUUUGGAGGAAAGCAUCGAAGAAGAUAAAGCUCUGAAGGGAAAGGAUCCCCGCGAUGUAUUUGAUACUUACUUGAAUAUAUGUCCUCAUCAGGGUAGCAGAACAAUUAGGACUGAGGAGGCCGUAUUUAUAUCUCUACAGUACUUCCAAGAACCAAUAAAUCGAGCCAUGCAGAAACCUGAAGGAAAAUAAAUUUCUGGAAAAUCUUGUUUGGAUUUUUGUUAGCAGGAUCAUUGAUGGGAAGUAAAUGGAAGUGGGUCUUAAAAAGUUUUGUCGUCAUGGAGGAGCAGGCUCCGAGAGUAAAGCUGCAGCAAUGACUUCGUCGCCGUGUAGGCAUUUGAUAUUUAGAGAUUUGUAAUGCUGAAAACACUUUAAGGAAUCAGGUUUUUUUUUUAUGAAUCCCAGUUGUUUGGCAACGCUGUAAAUUAAUCGAAAUCACCAUGUUCAAGGCCAUCAAAUUCAGUACUCGGUGGAUUGUUUGCUCGUACUCCAUUUAUAUAUGUUGACCAUAGAAGUAAA